AUGUCUGCUGCUCACAGAAGGAGCCCAGAAAUGGAGAUGACACUGGAGCGUGCAGUGAACAUACUGAAGAGUGAAAAUACGCAGUCCACCCCCCGAAUCCUUGCUGCAGUGACUUUCAUACAGCAUGAGUGCUUCCAAAAAGCAGAUGCCAGGAGAAAAGUUUUCUCACUUGGUGGUAUCCCCAGACUUUUACAGCUCCUUGAGGUACAGAAUGAGGACAUUCAGCGGGCAGCGUGUGGUGCUCUGAGAAACUUGGUGUUUGAGGACAAUGACAACAAACUGGAAGUGUCAGAGCAGAAAGGGAUCCCACUCUUGCUCCGCCUGCUCCGGAACACCAGGGAUAUAGAGACUAAGAAGCAAAUCACAGGUUUGUUGUGGAAUCUCUCCUCCAAUGACCAGCUGAAGAACCUGUUGGUUAGAGAAGCCCUGCAGACACUGACUGAAGCUGUCCUCAUCCCCUACUCAGGCUGGCCAGACAGAGAUUACCCAAAAUCGAGUGUUCUACCUGACCCUGAUAUCUUCUACAAUGCCACAGGAUGCCUGAGAAACAUGAGCUCUGCUGGCCCAGAAGGAAGGAAGAAGAUGAGGGAAUGUGAGGGCUUGAUCGAUUCUCUCGUGUAUUAUAUCCAAGGAGCUAUUGCAGACCAUGAGCCCAACGACAAGGCCACAGAGAACUGUGUGUGCAUUCUUCACAAUCUUUCCUACCAGCUAGAGAUAGAGCUCCCUGAGACCUAUGCCCAGAGCAUAUAUAUGCAAAGAAGAAAUAUUUCUAACAAUGAUAAAACACUGGGCUGCUUUGGAACACGAAGCAGAAAAGUAAAAGAGAAGCAGCAGGACAUGCCACUACCUGAGGAAAAGAGCAAUCCCAAAGGUGUCGAAUCGCUCUGGCAUUCUACACUGAUUAGGAUAUACCUCUCCUUAAUAGCAAAGAGUACUAGAAACUACACCCAGGAAGCAUCCCUGGGAGCUCUUCAGAACCUCACAGCUGGCACUGGACCAAUGCCGUUCGCAGUGGCCCGGACUGUUGUUCAAAAGGCCAAUGGCCUCCCAGGCAUCCGAGCGAUGCUGCACGUCAGCCACCCGGCAGUGAAGAAGACGGCGGUCUCGCUGCUCAGGAACCUCUCUCGAAACACCUCCCUGCAAAAUGACAUAGCCAGAGAAGUUCUGCCAGAUUUGGUGUCAAUCCUGCCCGAGUGUAUGCCAGGGUGCGACGUUGCCUGUGAAACCACAGCGUCCAUCUGCUACACCCUGUUCAACCUGACCCAGAGCAGCUCGCACAACGCCCGCCUGCUCCUCAGUGCCCAGGGCCUGCCCAAGGUCAUUGCCAUCAGCAUGAAUGACAGCAAUAUGUUCAGCAAAGCCAGCAGGGCUGCUUCAGUCCUCCUCUACUCCCUGUGGUCACACACGGAUCUCCACAGUGCUUACAAAAAGGCUGACUUUAAGAAGGCGGAUUUCAUCAACAGCCGGACCACGAAAGCCUAUAACUCACUAAAGGAUUGAAUGAGAGCAUAACACCAUGGAAGACAGAGAUCAUACAGCAGCUAAUGUAACCAUCCUCAUGGGAUUGGUGUUGCCACCAUGAACCACAAAAUAUCUCAGAAAAGAAGGGGCUGAUUUUCUGUAAAGACCUGAGUGGCCAAAGAGUAGCUUUUUUGAGUUUUUAAUCCUAAUCACCUUGUUGUCACUGUAUGUAUCAAUGCAAGAAUAAUCAAAGAUGGAUUCUCCAGGAUGUCUGAGGUGAAGUUUCAUCCAGGUUUACCACUAGUCAGAGCUCCAGAUGACUGCCUUUGUUUCAUACAGAGGAGUUUGAAAUGCUGGUUGGCAGCAAAUUCUUUUCAGACUGUUUUAUACCAAAAGUUUUCUACAGUGGAUAAGCAUCAAGUGCACUGCUCAGAAUUUAGUCAUUUUUUUCACUCUUGUUUCUCCACACAGCUAAAUAAGAAUCUCCAGACUCUAUGAGUAUGCACAAGAAGCUGUUUCACUGUUUCUGCAUUAUAAGAGCACCAAUGAAGUUAAAAUUACUAUUUUU